UUUGGCAAUGAAUGAUAAUUUUGAAGCUGCUGAAUUGCAUCAAUUUUUAAUUAUGUAUAACUUAGAGUGUGAAUUAAAUACUGGUACUGAGAAUUUUUCUGGUGAAAUGAUGAGACUAAAGAAAAUACAAUUAAAGUGGAGUGAAGGUUAUCUUUUGAUGUAA